AUGCCGGCUGACGGCGUCCAAGCUUCGCCCGAAUCCUACGCGUUGCCACAGCUUCUAUUGCCACCUCGACUCCUUGUCUUUGACAGUCCUGAAGAACAGCAAAGCUACCAUUUCUUCCGGUCCCGGUCAGUGGGUGAACUGACCGAGGUGUUUCAUGUUGACGAGACUUUUUGGAACUUGUGCGUCCUCCAAAUGUCCAUGACCCAGCCUGCGGUACGGUAUGCUGUCGCCGCACUUGGAGCCAUGCAUCGGUUAUACGCCACGGGCAACACCACCGCCAUACCCGAAGAUACAUCUGACUCUGAAACACGAUUUGCCUUGGAGCAAUGCAACCGAUCGAUCAAGUCGCUCCUAGAAAGGAGAGGCUCCGAAGCGAGGGCCGAGAAGCUUUCCACACUCGUGGCCUGCAUCUUGUACACUUGCCUUGCCAGCAUCCAAGGACAUCAGAAGCAAUCGAUCAUGCACCUACGCAACGGGAUGAAGUUGCUCGACAACCUGGUACAACAAAAGGACAUCAACAGCGGUCCGUUGACCUCUUAUAGCACCCAAAUUCAAUCAUUCCUGACCACCCUCGGUAGCCUCGAAAUCCAGGCCCGCAGCUUAAUGUGUGAAGAAGACCUACCAGCGUGGCCCACACGAAUCAGAAUCCGCGGCUCGUGGUUUUCGCAAGCCGACAUCAGAUUCACCAGCCUCUCCGAAGCUCGGGAUUUCUUUGAGUCCGUUCUGAGCGACUUUCAAUGCUUCGUCCUGGAGAGGGAUGCGGAGAAAGAGUGGUUACUCGGCCCGGGCGCCAGUCCACGCCGUUCCGUGACGGACGACUACGAGCUGCUCGUGAAAAAGCACUUCUUGGGGGUAGACGCGCUUGACUCCUUUAUCGCCAAACACGAUGACCUAGACAAGCGAGCUCAAAAGACCAUCCUCAUGCUCAGGUUGCACAUCAACAUCGUGGAAUUGUACCUCCGAGUCUACCCGCUGUCGCUGGAACACGGAGAACUGGCGUGGGAUCACCUCGAGCCCUACUAUUUGACAAUUAUUCAUCUGGGUCGACAGAUUCUAGGCUGUACGGAGGACCAGUUGUCCAGCAUGAUCUGCUUGCCUUCCGAGGUGGAGACGGGCCCUACGCAUGAUGACGCCGGCAAAGCACACAGAUACCCGAAGGUCCCUCCGGCGGCAUCGAUCCUGAAGAAGGAGCAUCAUCACCACCGACAGCACCGCCCUGUCUUUGCGUUUAGCCAAGGAGUCGUGGGGCCCCUGUCCACCGUCGCUGUGAUCAGCCGGUCGCCGAACGUGCGGCGCGAAGCAAUUGCCCUGCUCUUGCUGUAUCCGCGUCGAGAGGGCCUCUGGGACAGUCACACUGCUGGCCGUGUAGCAUGGGUCGGUAUGUGUCUGGAAGAAGAAAUGGCUCUGAAACAGCGAGGACAGCACGGCCAAGAGGAAUGUGAGAUCAAAGCCGCUUCAGACAUCCCCGCAGAGUGCAGAGUCAGGGUCGUGGACAUGAAGUACAUUGGAGCGCGCACGGGCGAGAUCUGUUACAACACGGUGAAGGGGUGCGAGAACGGCGAGAAAGGCAACGUAGUGAGGAUCCUAGAGUGGUAA